GCGUUGCGCGGAACGUCGGAUAUCCCUCUCUCUUCUCGUCCUCAUCUCGUCCUCUCUCCUCUCCCGUCCCAUCCCGGAACCGAGAUUUGUUAAUAUCGAGCGCGUUCUAGCUAGUACCGUGCCAAAAUGGCCGGCGUUUAGUCGUCCCUUAGUUCGGAUUUAAGUCGCUUGCUUAUCUUUCGGCUGUUUACAUAUUACCGAGCUAUCAUCUCCUCUUCUCACUUCGCUCCGAAACGCUCGUGUUUCAUCCAACGCUUUUCGCACGUUCCGUCUAUAAUACAAAUUUAAUUUAAUAUUGUUUAAGAAAUUUUAUAUAAGGAGCAAAAAUAUAUAUAGUGUCUCGUAAAUAUAUAUUAUAUAUUCAAAAUUUUAUAAUUGCAGACACAUAUAUUAAUCGUAAAUAAAAAGUCGCGUCACGAUCUUCGAAUUAGUCACGGAAUUGAUUGUAAAAGCAAUGAUGCUAUUGUAUUGAUAAAGUAAUUUAAGUGCGUAAAAAGAGAUCUUCAUAUAAAUAUAAUUCCAAGUAGUCGCGAAUUAAAAUUGCGGCGACUUUUUCGCGGCAGACACUCGGUAGACACAUCGGCGACGUCGGUAGCAACUAAACAGCUGACUGUUCUAAAACCGCGCUUAAACAAGCAAACGAGGCCGCGAAACAACGGUGGAUCAAUGCGCGUAUAGGAGACGUCGUUUGUAUCCGCGAAUCGACGUGGAUUAACUUCAAAUUAGACGAAAGUCGGUGUUUCCUUUGAGCAAAGCCGCCGCUGAUAGCGCUCCGUUAACUUUAUAAAAAGGAGCAUGUCCGCGGAAGCGACUACGGUGCUGCUGAAGAAGAGGGAGAGGACGCAGAAUUGGAUCCCCGAGGAGAAGAACGCUCUGUUUACCCUGAUCAAGCACCACGUGAACGCGAUCGAGAACAAGAAAAUCGACGCGGCCGCGUCCGCGAUGAAGUCCCUCGCCUGGCAACAGAUCUAUUGCGCAUUCCGCGGCAGAUUUUCGGCAGAUCGGGACAUCACCAGGAUCAGGGAACAAUGGCGACGGAUGAAGGCGCAGGCAAGAAUGGAGAUGUACACGUACGCGGAAAAGGUGCGAACUUUGGGACCGGAAGCGGCCGUCAAGUCCCAACCAUCGAAUCUAUCGAUCGAGGUAUGGCGAUUGAUGGAGAGCGUGCGUAAGAACGAUUGCGAGGCCGAUCGUUCGGACGACAGUAGUCAGGAUAAUGAAAAUCCGACAAAUCGAACGGCGAUACACGCCAUCCUGGAUAAAUUGACGUUACCCACGCCGGAGACGUCAGGUUGGGCUUUCGGACGCGGUUUUCGAGCAACCCCUCGCUACUUUCGAAAUUAUCAUUAUAUUCAAAAUUAUCGGGACGAUUAUUUAGGGCAGGGACACGAGAUUAAGAUCGAGGUCAACAGCGAUACGGAGGAUGAGAACAGUCGCGGCGAAUUGUCGCAAAAACUAUCGGAUGACGGUUUCUUGCCGCAGAAGCGUUCCAGGAUCGCGACAGAGAACGAGCCCGUAGACCUUGUCGAACAAAAAACCGCUUGCCCCGACAGCGUAUCGACGUCCCGUAUUGACGAUGCGACAGAACUCAACGACGCGAGGAACGAGUUAUCCUCCGCUUCCAUGGGUUGGAACAACCCGGUCUCAUCCGACAAAGACAAAUCGGUGCAGAGAGCCAUGUGGAUCUUCAAGUCUACGCAACGCGAGCACGAGAUCAAAUUGCGGAUGCUGCACAUCGAGCUGGAACGUGCAGAAUUGCAAAAGCAGACUGCCAUCAAUGAAUUGAAAACAUCCGAGAUCAAGAAGCAGUUGAUGGAAGAUCAAGCCGCCGAAUACUAUAGGUCGAUUUAUUCGGUUCUCAACAUUCUUAUACACGUAUUAGCGAUUCUAGUUUAAUUCGAAUGCUCCAAAAAAGUAUGCUCGACGUUUGAAAUCGCGGGAAUCCGUCGAUAUUCGCGGCGCCUGCAUCGCCGGGCGCGACUGAUUGUGAGUUUUACGUUCUAAG